GUCAAUCAACAUGCCAUAGAACCAACUUUUGGGAGUCGCAAGAAUUCUCAGUUGAGUUGCAAACUCUAACAGAGACCUUUACGCGUAGUUUUUAAAAAUGGAUAUUCCAAUAGUGGACUUCGGUGCGUACGGGCUGACUGAGAAAUGUGCUGACAACGAGCAGCUGCACAGCAUGGGCAAAGAGCUGAAAGCUGCUUUUACAGAAGUUGGGUUUGUGUUCCUGAAGAACACCGGGAUCACCGACGAGGAAGUGGACCGUGUUAUGCGCGUAUCCAUGGAUUUCUUCCUGCAGCCGGAUGAGGUGAAGCGGCCCUUCAGCAGGAAGACCUUCGCCAACAAUCCCAACCACGGCUGGGUGUCUCUGGAGACCGAGAGGUUAAAUCCACGUCGACCUGGAGACCUGAAGGAGGCAUUCAAUACAGCUUCACUCCACCCUGACAUAAAAUGGCCAACAUCAGAUGCUGUGGCGGACUUCCAGGAGAUCCAGACGUCUUUCUUCCAGCGCUGCAAGGAGCUGAGCCUGCGUGUGCUGAGGGUGAUGGCCCACAGUCUAGGACUGGACCCAGAGGUGUUCCUGGGUGCACACAGUUUAAUAGGAACUGAUGAGAACGGCACAACGCUGCGGUCUCUGUACUACCCACCAGUGAACAGUGAGAAAGCCAAGGAGGGUCAGCUGCGAUGUGGAGAGCAUUCUGACUACGGCACCAUCACGCUGUUGUUUCAGAGCUCUGAGGGUCUGCAGGUCCGUAAACGUUCAGGUGAAUUCAUCUGUGUUCCCUGCGUCCCUGGGGCUGUCCUCUUAAACAUCGCUGACCUGAUGCAGCGCUGGACCAGCGACCAGUUCAUCUCUGUGCUCCACAAAGUUUUACUUCCCCCUGCUGGAGACUCAAGCACACGUCAGUCCCUGGCUUUCUUCGUCCAGCCUGACGAUGAGGCUGUGAUCUCCUGCUGCGACGGUUCCAACAAGUAUCCUCCAGUUAAAUCAGGUGAAUACCUCAGCGAGCGUUUUAAUAACUCGUAUGGACGAAGCUAAACCUCUCUCCAUGAAUUCUGUGUUUUUAAAUCAUGUUGUAGAAGUAACAUUUAAUAAUGCUGAGUAUUUCACUUUGGAUCCCAUGUUUCUACGUUUCUGAUUGUGUGUCUGUGUGUGUCUCAAUGUGUACAUUAAAGAGACACAACCCUCCAAACAGCAGGCUCAUUCACUUUAUUGUCCACAUUCAAAACCUCAAAUAAAUAAAUAAAACGUGAGGUAAACUGGGCUCCACAGAUGUUGUGUGGCAGAUAACCUCGACUGCUUAUUAAAAGGAAGACAGAAAUAUACCUGUAUCUCAAAAACAUCUGUCUUUGUGUCCUGAUUGUAUCUUUUAUCUGUUGCAUCACCUUUAAAAUGUGACUGUUUUGAAAUAUGUUUUGGACCAUGUGACUCUUGGAUUCAACUUUAAACGUUUCAUUGACAGUGAUGUAGAGAAGACAUAAAUGAUUACGUUUUGAAAAAUGACACAGAUGCACAUGCACUCACAAAAGCUCACUGUAAAUAACCAAUUCAGAACUCACAUACUCACUCUAAAACCAGCACAAUUACAGUAAUUUAAAUAUAUAAUAUAUGUAACUUCAUCUGUAAAAUAAAUAUGUACUUCAGUCAUCUGGUCCCAGGGAGAAAUCAUAUAGAAAAUACAAUUGAAGUAGUUUUUUAGCUUUCUAAACAUGGAAGAGUUUCAUUGUGAGCUCGACCAUUAAAAAAA